AUGGUGAGUACAAGACGGACGAACUAUGAGGAGGAGGAUCAUGAUGACCCCAUGAACGAAGGAAACACCAUGGAACACCAUGAAGAGUACCAACCCGCUGAGCCCGCUGGUGAAGGGACCUCUCGACGUCCAGGCAAACAAGCAAUGCCUGACGAAGAAGGUCGGGUCCAAGAUGCAGGAAGCUCAUCGUCACCAUCCCAUGGUGUACGGCGAACUACCAACGUCCAUGAGGUGUACAUGGAGAACGAGGCAUUGCGCCAGCGUUUAGAAGAGACUCUCAGGCUCAACAAAGAGUGGCAAGAGAGGUAUGGAGCCCAGGAGGCCACAAGGCCACAAAGAAGGGGAACCCGCGGGCGUCUUGGUACAGCGAGAAGGGGACGACCCCGUGGGAGUCGUUCAACACGUUACCCUCCCGAAGGUCAAGAGAGAUCUAGGUCACCAACAACCCAAGGUCGUGAUGCUAGUGCCGUACCACAACGACCUUCUCGUGAGAACGACAACCAUGGUGGGAGGAGCGAGCGCCCUCCAUCCCUACAAAGACCACGAGGAACAACCUCAGGUCGUGAGAAUAGGAGGAAUAAUGUACGCCCUCCUACACAGCAACAAAUUAGGAGGGAUGCACGAGGACCUACUGCCCCACAAGAUAAUGCUGUAGAUCCCCCACGAGGAGACUCCCGUGAGGAGAGGGGCAUAACACACAAUAAUGGGAUCCCACCAUCUCAACCACUUCCAGCACCUAGGGAUAUUGGUGUGGACGAGAGGGGAAGAGAUCAUGUACGGAACCCUCCUUCACCAAUCAGGUUCCCACCAUCACCAAUAAGGCAUCCUGAGCCUCCACGUGCUAAUGCACAAGCACCACAUCAACCAGCCCCAAGGGAGAGGUCACGACAGAGGGAAGCACCUCCCAGUCGCCUUCCAAGUCAAGACUUGCCUCGGCCCCCUCAAAACGGGCAAGAAGACUACCGAGACAACCAUGCUCGACAGGUACCUCAACCUAGGGGAUAUGGACGGGAAAGACAACGCACCAUCUCUCGUGAUAACUAUGUCCGUCCGAGACCAGCACCCAGGGAGACUAGACCACAGCGUGCGCGACCCCACUCACCCCGAGACGAUAGUUAUUUAUCAAGAUCUCGGAUUGUCGCAACACAAUCAUAUGCCCAACAACGGCCUGCACCUCGGGGGCCGCAACAACAGAGGACGGUGAGCUUCAUGGGGGAGAGUUACCGUUCCGACUCAAGGAGCCGAUCUGUGAGCGUUCAAGACAAUGCACCUCCUCCAUAUUAUGAGGAGCACCCUCGAUACCCCCCACGUGAUGCAAGGAGCUCUGACCUUCGGGACCAUCUGAACCAAAGGCGACAACCUGACUUGAGAGACCACUUGAACAGGGGGCACGCACAGAGGGAGGCUCCUUAUCGGGCACAGUAUGACAUUCCUCCACAACAAGGAGAAUAUGCACCCCAGCUUAAUGUGAACGCUCCUCCACCGGCCGGUCUCAAUGCUCCUGCUCCUGUGGUAAAUGACCCACGGAUAACAGCAUUAGAACAACAAAUUCAGCAGUUAAUGAAUGCCCAAGGAAGUGUCGGGGGAUACGAUUCUGAUGAGGAACCUGAGCCUUUUGCUCCUCACAUCUCGGCAUUGCCAUACCCCCAAGGGUUCAAGAUGCCCACUAUGACAAAAUAUGAUGGAAGUACUGACCCGGGAGCCCACAUUAGUGAUUUCAACACAUUAAUGAGGACAAGCCAAGUGAGUGGCGAUCUGAAGUGCAUGUUAUUCCCGGUGACCUUGACAGGAGCAGCAAAAACAUGGUUCAACAAAUUUAAGAAGCAUUCAAUCACCUCUUGGGACAAACUGUCGAGUGAUUUUAAAAAAGAAUUUCGUGCUGCCAGGUCUCGAAAACCUGAAUGCUCUUCCUUGGCCAAUGUAAAACAACAACCCGGUGAGAGUCUAAAGGCCUAUAUUAAUAGGUUCAACAUCGAGGCGGCCAAGGUGAAGAACGUUGAUGACAGUGGGAGACUCAUGGCCUUGGGGGCAGGCAUAACUCAUGGAUCUUUACUAUGGGAUAGCCUCCAAGGGAGAGGUGCCCCCACUAUUGACGAAUUUAUGAAAAGGGCCCAAAAAUAUAUAAACAUUGAGGAAGCCAGGUUAGCUAACAACCUGCCUCUUCCCUCAGGACAACCUGUUUCAGCUACUGCAACAACAACUUCCACCAAUCCAAAAGCAACAACUGCCAACCCUCCAGCCACCAAUAACUCUGAGCACAAUAAUAAGAGAAAGGGCGACAAUGGAGGAGAUCAGAACAAUGCCAAAAAGAGCAAAGGUUAUCAGUCCAUGUUCACAAUAUACUCCGAACUUGUGGAGACACAAGAAACUAUAUAUGUGGCAAACGAACAUCGGGUGGCUUUUCGAAUACCUGAACCCUUGAAAGGAAGUCGUGCGAAGAGAGAUCAAUCCAAGUAUUGCCAAUAUCAUAAAGACAUUGGCCAUACCACCAACGAGUGUCGAAACUUGAGGGAUGAGAUAGAGACUCUUAUACGUAAUGGGCCUCUUGCUCAUUAUGCAAGGAAUAGGCAAUACAACCAACAAGGAGCAAAUGCACAACAACCUGUUGCCCCACGUGCCAAUGUGCAACCACAGGGGGCACCUGGAAACAAUACUCCUAACCCGCCGACACAACCACAAGGGGGACAACUGGGACAUAACCCGGACAUUCCUCCACUUGUGGAAGGAGAGGACGUAUUGGUCAUAUCAGGAGGACCACACUUUGCAGGGACCACCAAUGGGGCUCAAAAGAGAUAUAUUAAUGAGCUCAAGAACUCAGAUAAGACUCCUUUCACACCAGAACAACGUGCUCCCAAGCAAAGUCGAAUGGAGGACCAAACCAUAACAUUUUCCAAUGAAGAUGCUCAUCAUGUACAAAGUCCGCAUAAUGACCCACUGGUGAUAACAUCUCAAAUCGCCAACAGGAGGGUAAGGAGAGUCUUGGUCGAUAACGGUAGUAGCGUGAACCUGUUAUAUAAGAUAACCUUGGAGAAAAUGGGGUUAAGUGUGCAAGACCUACAACCGUGCACUACAAAUUUGGUUGGAUUUACUGGAGAUGGCGUGGCCAGCACAGGAAAAAUCACUCUCCCAUUGACACUCGGGGAGGCCCCAAGAACAGUCACCCGGAUGACAGAGUUUGUGGUGGUAGACCUACCAUCUGCCUACAAUGCCAUUUUAGGUAGACCAGCGUUAUACACGCUGGGGGCAGUCACAUCGAUCAAGCAUCUGGCCUUAAAGUUUCCAACUGCUACCGGGAGUGGAAUAGUCAAAGGAGAUCAACUAGCUGCACGUGAAUGCUACAAUGUGGCUAUGAGGGGACAAACCCAACCAGGGGCCCAGAUGUUGGUGGUAAACAACGAUAAUGAAGUGGAAAACAGAGGAAAAAGAGAAAGUUCUGAUAUAGAAGAGAUAGACCCUCGUUUGGGCGAUGACCGUAUUGACUUGGGUCCCAUUGAAGAACUUGAAGAAGUUACUCUUAACUUAAAGGAGCCAACCAAAACUGUAAAAGUGGGAAAGCACCUAAGUAAGGAGAUUAAGAAGGCUGUUAUUCAGUUUCUCCGUGACAACCAAGAAGUAUUUGCUUGGGCACAUUCUGAUAUGGUAGGUAUAAGUCCAAAUGUCAUGACCCACGUGCUGAAUCUAAACAAAGACGUGCCCGCCAAACGACAAAAGAGGAGAUUACUUGAUGAGGUUAGAGCUGUGGCCUUGAAGGAGGAGGUAAGCAAACUUUUAGCCAACAAUUUUAUUCGUGAAGCCUUCUACCCUGUAUGGGUUGCAAACCCCGUGUUGGUGCCAAAGCCAAACGGGAAGUGGCGAACAUGCAUCGAUUUUACUGACUUAAACAAGGCAUGUCCCAAGGAUUGCUUCCCACUUCCUCGCAUUGAUCAACUAGUAGAUGCUACCGCUGGUCAUGAACUUAUGUCCUUCAUGGAUGCGUAUUCUGGAUAUAACCAAAUACCCAUGAAUGUGGCGGACCAGGAGCACACGAGCUUCACUACUGACAUGGGGCUUUAUUGCUACAAUGUGAUGCCCUUUGGGUUGAAGAAUGCCGGUGCUACCUACCAGCGACUUGUAAAUAAAAUGUUCGCCGAUCAAAUUGGAGUCAAUAUGGAAGUGUAUGUGGACGAUAUGCUCGUCAAAUCCAAACUCUCAAAGAACCACGUUGACGACUUGGAAGAGUGUUUCUCUAUAUUGAAAAGAUACAACAUGAAGUUGAACCCACUCAAGUGCUCCUUUGGGGUAUCAUCAGGCAAGUUCCUUGGCUUUAUCGUUAACUCAAGAGGUAUUGAAGCAAACCCCGAGAAGAUAAAGGCACUAAUUGACAUGCCUUCCCCAAAAAGAAAGAAGGAUGUCCAAAGCCUGACAGGACGCAUAGCUGCACUCAAUCGUUUCGUGUCCAAGUCCACCGAUAGGUGUUUACCAUUCUUCAACUUAUUGCGAGGAAGCACUAAGAUUGAAUGGACAGAAGAGUGUGAACAAGCAUUUCAAUCAGUGAAGAAACACCUGGCUGAACCCCCUAUCUUGUCAAAACCAAUCAUGGGGGAGGUGUUGUACCUAUACUUGGCUGUAACUGAGCAUGCAUUGAGCGCGGCAUUGGUGCGUGAAGAGGAGAAGGUUCAGAAGCCAGUGUAUUACAUCAGCAAACGAUUUGUGGGAGCAGAGUCACGUUAUCCCACCAUGGAGAAGCUGGCUUAUUGCCUAGUCCAUUCGUCAAGAAAGCUACGACCUUACUUUCAAGCACAUCCCAUUCAUGUCCUAACUAAUCAGCCCUUACGGCAAGUAUUAAUGAAACCAGAGGCCUCAGGUCGACUCCUUAAAUGGGCUGUCGAGUUGGGUCAGUUUGAGAUCACAUACCAUCCUAGGGCGACCAUAAAGGCGCAAGCACUUGCCGACUUCAUCGCUGAAUGCACUGGGUUGCCAGAGGAAAAUAGUGCGAAAGAAUUACCAGAAUGUGUAUGGCAUUUGUUUGUUGAUGGGUCAUCUAACGAGCACGGCUCGGGGGCAGGAAUCAUUCUUGUCACCCCGGAUGGGUAUAGAAUUCAUUCAGCCUUAAGGUUUGGGUUUGAAGCAUCCAAUAACGAGGCCGAGUAUGAGGCCUUAUUGGCUGGGCUGAGGCUAGCAAAAGAGCUUGGUGCGAGAGCAAUUCGUUGUUUUAGCGACUCCCAGCUAGUAGUCAAUCAAGUAUUGGGUGAGUAUCAGGCAAGAGGAUUAAAAAUGGCGGCUUACCUUUCGCAAGUACAAAAACAACUCCAACAAUUUGAGUAUUACUCUAUAGAACAAGUACCUCGUGAACAAAACUCGAAUGCUGAUGCCUUAGCAAGGUUGGCCACCACUAAGGAAGCUGAUACACUCAACGUUGUCCCAGUAGAGUUCCUCCCUAAACCGAGUAUCAAUGUGGAGGAAAAUGAAGAGGCUGACAUGGAGCUGGUCGAUACUCAAAUAACAUGGAUGACUCCACUCAUUGAUUACUUAACUACUGGGAGUCUCCCUUCUGAUAAGAGUGAGGCAAGGAAGUUGCUAUAUAAGGUACCAAGGUUUACUCUGUUGGAUGGAAAAUUGUACAGAAGGGGAUACUCCAUGCCAUUAUUGAGGUGUGUGACAGUUGAAGAAGCACGCGGCAUAUUGAAGGAGGUCCAUGAAGGAUUUUGUGGGGACCAUGCCGGAGGGGAUAGCUUAGCUAAAAAGAUAAUAAGGCAAGGAUACUAUUGGCCUACUAUUAGUCAAGACUCUCUCCAGUAUGUAAAAAGGUGUGACAAGUGCCAACGCUUCUCAACAGUACCACGAGCCCCUUCAGUGGAACUCACUUCUAUGACCUCCCCGUGGCCCUUUGCUGUGUGGGGGAUAGAUUUGAUUGGAUCUCUACCACAAGGAAAGGGUGGAGUUAAAUAUGCAGUAGUCGCAGUAGACUACUUCACAAAAUGGGCUGAGGCAGAACCUUUGGCCACCAUAACUUCAAAAAAGGUGCUCGACUUCGUCGUGAAAAACAUUUUAUGUCGCUAUGGAGUUCCACAAAAAAUAGUAUCAGAUAAUGGAAAACAAUUCGAUAGUGAUUUAUUUUCGGAAUUUUGUAAGAAGAAUGGUAUAGUCAAGAGUUUUGCUUCAGUAGCUCACCCGCAAGCAAAUGGACAAGUUGAGGCAGUAAACAAAACAUUGAAGACUACAUUAAAGAAGCGCCUAGAGGCUGCCAAAGGAAGAUGGCCGGAGGAGCUCCCACAAGUACUCUGGUCCUAUAGGACCUCACACCGAACAGCUACAGGAAAUACUCCCUUCUCACUCACCUAUGGGAGUGAAGCCAUGCUCCCAGUUGAGACCCAAGUCCCCUCACACCGAAAUCAGUACUAUGAACAACACCGUAACCACCUACUCCUGGAGGAGGCCCUAGACUUACUCGAUGAAAGAAGAGAGGAGUCACAAUUACGUAAUGCCGCUCACCAGCAACGGGUAAAGAAGUAUUAUGACUCUCGUGUUCGUAAUAGGGAGUUUAUAAUAGGCGACUUGGUGUUAAGAAGGGUGUUCUUAGCGACGCGUGAUCCAACAGCUGGGGUCCUUGGGCCCAAUUGGGAAGGACCGUAUCAGAUCGAAACUGUCUUGAGGCCUGGAGUAUACAAGCUCGCUCGCCUUAACGGGGAGCAAGUGCCGCGAGCGUGGAACAGUGAGCACUUGAGGCGAUACUACCAAUAG